AUGGGUAGGGGGCAAGAGAUAUAGAGCAAGAGAAAGGGAGCGAGAGAAAUUGGGGGAGGGGGAAGAUAACGAGGAACGAAGGGAGGGAGGGAGGAAGAAAAAAAACAUUUUCCUAUUAAUAGGAAGCUGGGUACUUCAACUGCCUGAGCCCUAGUUUGGGCUUCAAGACGUCUGACGGAAAGCCGAAUCCCUGGUGUGACACUGGGUCAGUCCCGCCUCCUGGCUCGGAGCCUCGGGAUGUAAAAUUGUAAAACAACAAAUUCAUCAUCCACUAGGUCACCCAAGAGCACUGGAGCCCUCACCAAAGAAACCUGCGCAGGUCACCAUUCACGGCCGUCGCUUGGACAUCAACAAACAUGGCCACCGUGCACUGCGUCAACUUCCGGCGCCUCCGUCCUCCCACCACCUCACGGGGAUGGCGAGCGGCAAUGACGGCUGCCGGCAGGGCGCAUGCGCGGUGGUUGGGUUUGGCCCGCGGCGGCGGCAGGAGCGGCGAGGGGGCGGAGAGUAUCUCUUCCUGCAGUUGCCGAGCUGCGGCGGCCGGUGGCGGGAUGGUGUAGCGGGGCCCGUGGUAAGGCGGCGAGCCGCGGGCGGGGUAAGGCGGCCGGGAAGGCCGACGCCGCCUGACGAGCUCGUGUGCAGCGGCAACACGCUGAGGGGGCGUCGCCGCCGCCGGCCCCCGGCGCCGCCGCGGGAGGUUGCGCCCGCCAUGGCGGCCCGGGCGGUGCUGGAUGAGUUCACGGCGCCCGCCGAGAAGGCGGCGCUGCUGGAGCGGAGCCGCGGCCGCAUCGAAGGCCUGUUCGGCGUGAGCCUGGCUGUUCUUGGCGCGCUUGGGGCCGAGGAGCCGCUGCCCGCGCGCAUCUGGCUGCAGCUCCGCGGGGCGCAGGAGGCGGUGCACAGCGCCAAGGAAUAUAUUAAAGGAAUUUGUGAGCCUGAACUAGAAGAAAGAGAAUGUUACCCCAAGGCCAUGCACUGCAUUUUUGUUGGGGCACAGAGCCUGUUUCUGAAGAGCCUGAUUCAGGACACCUGUGCUGAUCUCUGCAUUCUGGACACUGGUCUUCUUGGCAUCAGAGGAAGUGCUGAAGCUGUGGUCAUGGCUAGGAGUCACAUUCAGCAGUUUGUAAAGCUCUUUGAGAAUAAUGAGAACUUACCCAAUAGUCAGAAAGAAUCAGAGGUGAAAAGGGAAUUCAAACAGUUUGUUGAAGCUCAUGCAGACAAUUAUACAAUGGACUUGUUGAUUUUGCCCACUUCCUUGAAAAAGGAACUUCUGACACUCACACAAGGUGAGGGGAGUCUGUUUGAAACAGACGAUGAUGUUAUUGAAAUUAGAGAUUCUAAGCAAACAGAGUUUACACAGAAUGCUGCCAUGGGGCUGAAUAUUUCCAGAGAUGAAAUUGUUUUGCAGGAAGAUGCAAGAAAUAAAGCCGGGACUCCUGUUUCUGAGCUUACGAAACAAAUGGACACAAUCUUUUCUAGUUCACAAGAUGUACUUUUUGUUCCAGUAAAUGGUCUAACCCCAGAUGAAGAUGCGCUUUCUUCCAAAGACAGAAUUUGUUACAAAAGGAGGUUUUCUGAUUCUGAAGAAAGGCAUACCAAGAAACAAUUUUCUUUGGAAAAUGUUCAAGAGGGGGAGCUUGUACAUGAUAGUAAGACAUUAGCUGAAAGUGUAAUCAUUGACCUGUCUGAAUCUUCUACUGAUCAUGAAAAUUUAAGUCCAGAUAUAAAAGACACUACUGAGGAAAUGGAAUACAACAUUCUCGUAAAUUUUUUUAAAACCAUGGGCUAUUCUCAAGAAAUUGUUGAAAAGGUCAUUAGGGAGUAUGGGCCAUCUACUGAACCAUUAUUGCUCUUAGAGGAAAUUGAAAAAGAAAACAAAAGAUUCCAAGAAGACAGAGAAUUUUCACCUAAUACUGCAUAUCCAGAGACCAACAAAGCCAAAAAUAAAAGUGUCUGUAGCAGCAUAAAUGAGCUUACAGUGGAUUCCACUCCAAAGAAAACACAAAUUCACACACAGCAAAAUACGGUAGAGAAGUUUUCUCAGUUACCAUUCAAAGUAGAAUCAAAACCAUGUACCUCAAAUUGCAAAAUUAAUACUUUCAGAACAGUGCCAGUAGAACAGAAACAAGAAAUCUGGAGUUCCAAUCAGAACUACAUUUGUAACAUAGACCUUGAAACUGAUGGCCUUUCACCCUCUGUUGCCCCUUCAAGUCCCAAAGAAGUUGUCAGUUUUGUUUCAAGAGGAGCUUCAAGUCACCAGCCCAGAAUUCCAGUUUUUCCUGAAAACGGUUUGCAGCCCCAUUCAGAACCCUUGCUUCCAAAUAACACGAAGUCUGCCUGUGAAAACCGUUCAGGAUGUUGUGGCUCUCCUCAGUCUAAGCCAAAUUGUCCACCUCUUUCUCAACCAAUGCCCCUGCCCCUACCCCAGCUGUUACCUUCAGUUACUGAUGCAAGGUUGGCAGGGUCUUCUGAUCAUAUUGAUUCAUCAGUUACAGGGGUUCAAAGGUUUCGAGAUACUCUGAAAGUACCCUACAAGCUGGAAUUAAAAAAUGAACCAGGGAGAACGGAUUUGAAGCACAUUGUUAUAGAUGGGAGCAAUGUUGCAAUUACCCAUGGUCUGAAAAAGUUCUUUUCUUGUCGUGGAAUUGCAAUUGCAGUCGAAUAUUUUUGGAAGCUUGGGAACAGAAACAUCACUGUGUUUGUCCCACAGUGGAGAACAAGGCGGGAUCCCAAUGUCACAGAACAGCACUUCUUAACCCAGCUCCAGGAACUUGGAAUAUUAUCUUUAACUCCUGCACGGAUGGUCUUUGGAGAAAGAAUUGCUUCUCAUGAUGACAGGUUUCUUCUACACUUAGCGGACAAAACUGGUGGCAUAAUUGUAACAAACGAUAACUUCAGAGAAUUUGUGACUGAGUCAGUCUCUUGGAGAGAAAUUAUUACAAAAAGAUUGCUUCAGUAUACCUUCGUUGGGGACAUAUUUAUGGUUCCUGAUGAUCCUCUGGGAAGAAGUGGGCCUCGACUAGAAGAAUUUCUCCGGAAGGAAGUCUUCCUUAGAGAUAUGCAGCCCCUACUCAACGCCCUGCCAAAUGUGGGCAUGUUUGACCCCACCUACAGAGGCCCAGGCGCCCAGGCAGCCAGCACCAGCCACCAGCCUCCGGCCCGGAUUCAGGGCACCUUACCCAGCCACUGGCUUCCUCAGCAGCCCCGCUUCCCACUAAUGCCAAACCUUCCCAAUAUCCAGCAGAAUCUGCCCAUACCAGCACAAAGAUCUUCUGUGGAAACCAACGAGCUGAGGGAAGCCCUUCUGAAGAUCUUCCCUGACUCAGAACAAAGACUGAAAAUCGACCAGAUCCUGGUGGCCCAUCCGUACAUGAAAGACCUGAACGCGCUCUCUGCCAUGGUGUUGGACUGAAGGCUGUCGGGAGCUGGAGCUCAGGACUGAAGGUCACACUCAAGCUAGUGUCUGCACACAGGAAGAGAAACAAUGUGAAGAAACCGAUUUCCCAGUGGAAAUGCCGUUGUAGUGUAUAGAAAAACAAAACAAAACAGAUGUUUUGUGUAUUAAAAAAUCUGGGUUUUCAAAACCAGCUUUUUUCUAUAUAUAAAUUAUGCUGCUAUUACAGAUUUAACAUUUUCUGCAAAAGGAAAGUCUACAUUUUCUGCCUGUUCAGAACUGUUUAAUAGCAGUUACUCGAGUGUAUUUACAUUUUUAUGUUUUUUAAACUAUUUUCCUUAAAGCUGAAAAUAUUGACAAAUGGAUGAUUAGCCUUUCUAAAUAAAAAAGAGUUGCUUUCUUAGGGAAGGCAAGACCUCUUAAAAGUAUAUUUUCUUGAGAUGACUAUGUCACGUCCACUAACAUGAAGUUCUCUCACUUGUCCCGGCCUCCACUGCCCUCACCCCUGGAAUUAAGAGUUGGUAGGAGUUGGUUCUGCUCCGGAGGGGUCCUUCAUUGGAGCCAUCUGUGAGAAUGGACAAGAGGUGCCACUAGAUGGCACCUUGCGCCUAGCUGUGGUUAAUGACCCACGUAAAGUUAGACUCAGAAUAUCCAGGCUGGAAGAAAUUUAAAAGCUCAGAUCAGCCAAACCUUCUUCUCUCCCACCCUACAGAAGAGGGGACCCAGGCUCAGAGCGCUCACCAUCACAUCCACGGCUAUGGAGCAGCUGGGCAGGGAACAGACUCCCUGUCCAAUGCUUUCAUUUGCUCACGAGGUUGAGGCCUCACUAGACCUGACCUGACUCGAGAAGUCACUGCUAAGCCUCUGAAGAUAACUGGGGGAUGUGAGGUUUAGGGAAGAGCUCCAGCAUUUCAGCGAUUUUGUAUCCACAGCCAUGGGAGACCCCCAUGUAAAGUUUGUGCAGCUUUGCCAAAUAAUCAUUUUCUAUUCUCAAGAACAACCCAAGCCAAUAAAUAGCAUUAGUAGCUUCCGUUGGGGCACAGAGCCCCCGUAUUUAUUUUUUCUCUGUUUGUCUCUUUAGUGUCCUCCUAAGCUGCCCUUCUUGUGAGUCUUUCUCAGAAUCGAUAUCUAUCUUAGUAUUGUGUUUUCAUUGUUGUCCAAAUCCUGUGUAAGUGAAGUUCUCCCUGGGUAAUUAAUUCUUCACUUCUUUAUUUACCAUUAUCUGGACCUUCAAAGGGCUUUGUAUCUUAUACCUGUUCUCUCCCUAGCCUGCUCAUGGUCAGUGCCUGUCUACCGCAUGGCUCAUGUCUCUCGCAGCCCCCGGGACAGCUGCUGAGGACUCAAUGCUGGUUUGCUCUUUAUAGUGAAGGCAUCUUUACUGGCUUCUUGCAGAGCUGGGCAACUCCCCUGGAGGCUCCCUCCAGGCAUGUUUGAUGCCUGCAUCCCUCGGGAUGAAUCCAGAGUCCUCCAGGUGGCUAGACUUGUACUUUAAUCUUGUUUCCUCUUGGAUGUCUUUAAGGUGCACUGUAUUGUGGAAUUGGUUGUCUGUUGUCACUCUGGGGCAGGGUGUCCAUGUCACCUGCCCUGCUGUGGAGGUAGAAGACUUGAGGCGAGCCAGGAAGUGGCUCAGUCCCAGCCCCUGUGCCUCAGCUUUAGAACUGGUGGUUUUAAAUGACCUUCUGGGUUAAGGUUGGGUCCAGCAGUCCUGCUAAUCCACUAUUUCUCCUGUUUCAGAGAAGGACCCCAGGAGGUGCACCUUGCCUGCCAAGGCUUGGGCCACAGGUCUUCCUGGCAGGGGGCUGAGCCUCCACUGAAGCUAGGUGGAGCUGGCUAGACCUUGGGGUCCGGAGUUUUCUAGGUUCUAUAAGUAGCUUCACUUUUGACCUUUGUGUUAUGUAUGCCUCCAUGUUUUUAGCAGUAUUUCUGAGUGCUCCACCUGCCCCUUCCUCUCAGGUGUGGGAAUGAAGAAUGCAGAAGCCUAAAUCGGAGAGCACAGAAAAGCAUUAAUUAUUUCCCUUGAUGAAUUAUAACAUGAUCAUACUUUACAGUCCUUUCUGAAAUCUAUAAAGUUUAAAUUUAAUAUUUAAAAACUCAAUUUUCAAACCAUUUAAAGAAUAAUUACCUGUUCUCAGCCUCCUCUUAAUACUAUGCUCAGUGUGGAUGCUGCAUAAACAUUUCUCUGGCUCACCUCCCCUGGUAGAUUUCGAAACUACCUGGAGAGUGUCAGCAGCGAUUCCUCCCCAUUUUGUAUGCUUUCCUCCUUUGGACUUUCACGCAUAGUGCCUCUCUGCCUCCUGUAUUUCAUGGCAUGCUUGUGAAGUAAAUGGCAGAGGUGCCACCCUCAUUCCAUAGACUGGUGCUCAGAGAGGUUGUCGAGAGUUAAAGAAUAAGUAGGUGGCAAUGCUGAAUGAUUCUUGGGCCUACAUUCUACCCCAGGCCCCAGGAUGCUUUCUCUGGGAGAAAAAAGACUUUCUUCACCUUUCUGUGAUGUAGCCUAUAUUUGAAAUCCCAUCAGCUGCCCAGCUAGAAAAACAGUAAGGCAUCUCAGCCAUCCUGGGUGACAGCUUGGCAUUGUCUGGCAGGCUCGGUCGUGUUGCCAGGGACUCAGGCCUGUUGCAGCUUUUGAUAUCAGUGAGAUGAGGGAUGGAGUCUUGCUUCCUUAGCUCUGCAGUGUGGCACUUGUGGAAUAUGAUCCGCACAACGUUCUUGGUGCCCUACCCCCACCAUGGGAUUUGGCCCCGGGCCAAGAGGUAGGCCUUGGCACUGAUCUCAUCCCAGACCCCGGACUGCUCCCCACACACCUCCAAGAUGGAGCCUGCCCUUGGGAUGCCCUCCCACUUCGGCCCUUCCACAUCCUCACCUGUCCUCCUUCCUGUGUCCCUGAGCUCCUCUCCUCUCAUCUUCUAACUAUAGUUGGUUCAGUCAGUUACUCCGACUCCAUUUAUUUCUUCAUUAUCUACCUCCCCAUUAUUUCCUACAUAGUUCAGAUCCUUUAGAUUAGAAUUUAAAAACCUGAUUUCCCCGAAGAAGCAUCUCUGUUCAUUGCUACUUUCUUUCACAUUCCCGCCCUUCACUACCCAGUUUGCAAACUUGGCUCCACCCCAAUAUACGGAAAUAGUCUAGAAGUCAUCAGAGACCACCUGAGUGCUGAAUUCAGAGGCCUUUUCUCAAUCUUUAAUCUUCGUGUCCACAUAUUGACCUUGUUUUCCUAUUUUCUGAGAUUUUCCUCACUCCUAAACAUUCUCCCUUCCUUUUCCUUCUUUUACCUAGAGGCCAGUCCUAAAAAGGGUCUCUUUCUUGACAGGUGGUUCUCAGCCUUUGGACCAGCCAUCGGACUCAUGGUGGCGAGGGCGCCUCUGCUAAAAAUGUGGAUUACUGGGCACUGUCCCCAGAGAUAUUUAUUUGGUAGCCCUGGAUUAAAACCUGGAAAUUAGCAUCAGUAGGCUCCCUGGGUGGUUCCCAUGGAGGUGGUCCAUGAGCCACAUUUUGAAAAACUCUACCCUCAUCCUUAGCAAUCACUACUCUGCCCUAACUCCAGUUGUCCCGUCACUUCUAGUCCCUAAACCUAAGGGGUGUGUUUCUAGCUCUACCUGGAAGCCCUGUGACAUCCUUAACUCACCCCCCAGACCCUUAGCCUACAUCUAUUCCUCACUUUCCUUCCUACCCCACCCUACCACAAGGUCCCCUCACUCCCUCACCCUUGGCCUUGUCUUGCCAUUGCCCUCCAGUCAAGCUCUCAUGGCCUGCCUGUGGGCAUCAGCCCACAUCUUAGCUCUCCCCCCUCCCUCCCUGACUCCACUGCUACCACUUUUAUAUUCCAGAAACACAUUUCUGGUCACCCCCUUGCUGUUCAGUCAUCUUCAGCGGCUCUUGAUCAGAGCAUCAAACUCAGACCUCCCUGGGCUUACUAUCCAUGGUUGUCCACCUCCAGGCCAUUUGCAAUUGCUGACUUUGCAUAGCAUUGCCCAAAUGUUUACUGUAGCCAUACACAUUUCCUCAGUUACCUGUGGGCUCCUACCUCUGUGUAUACCUCUGCUAGAAAUGCCCUUUCUCCCAAAUGGCUUUCCCCUUCAAAGGCCCAGCCUGAGUCCUCUUUGUACCUUUGCCCAAAAGGCUUUUGAUCAGAAGCAACCCCAUGCUGUUCUGUGACCCCCCACAGCACUUGUGUCUCACUUUUGGUACUUGCCAGUCUGGCUGGUGUCACUGCAGCUAUUGUGUACUGUGUCUUACCUCCCCUUCUAGACUGUGAGCUCCUCGCGGGCAGGGACCAUCUGUGUUCACUCUUUGUAUUUUCCAUGGCACCUAACAGUGCCUUGCACUUAGUAGGUGCUCAAUAAAUGUCUGCUCAAUUAAA